UAUACUCAGUGCCAGCAGCCAGCGCUGGAGGGGGGGCAUGAGCCUUUAAAACAUCUCGAGCCCUCUCAAUCUUCCUUACAGGCGGUGUUCUUUCAGACCGGGUUUACUUCCUCCUUCAGCCUCCCUCGCUUCUCUCUUCCUAAACUCAGUUUUGGAUUACUUAUCUAGAUCAGUAAACAUGGCAACGCUGAGCGCUCUAAGAAAAUUCUGCCAGCAAUCGAAGCAUCAUGUGUGCAGUCUACAUAUGUCCGCAUCAAGACAGGAAGCAGUGGUCAUCUCAGGCAGGAAGUUGGCCCGUCAGAUCCGGGAGGAGGCCAGGAACGACGUGGAACAGUGGGUCUCCACUGGCAACAGGAGACCCCACCUGAGCGUGGUCCUUGUAGGAGAUAAUGCAGCCAGUCACUCCUAUGUCCUGAAUAAAACCCGAGCUGCAGCUGAUGUUGGUAUCAGCAGUGAGACUAUCCUGAAGCCCUCCUGUAUCUCUGAGGAUGAACUCAUGGACCUGAUCCACAAACUCAACACAGACCACCGGGUGGAUGGCCUGCUGGUGCAACUGCCUCUGCCAGAACACAUUGACGAGCGGUGCAUCUGUAAUGCUGUGUCCCCCGGCAAGGAUGUGGACGGCUUCCAUGUGGUCAAUGUGGGCCGCAUGUGCCUGGACCAGUCCACCAUGCUGCCCGCCACUCCCUGGGGAGUCUGGGAAAUCAUCAAACGCACAGGAAUUCCUACCCUUGGAAAAAAUGUUGUGGUGGCGGGACGCUCCAAGAAUGUGGGCAUGCCCAUUGCCAUGUUGCUGCACUCAGAUGGGCGCCAUGAGAGGCCAGGGGGUGAUGCCACAGUCACCAUCUCUCACCGUUACACACCAAAGGAACAGCUCCGUCAGCACACAAGAAUUGCAGACAUCGUUGUUGCUGCUGCAGGGAUUCCAAACCUCAUCACAGCAGACAUGAUCAAAGAAGGAGCAGCCGUUAUUGAUGUUGGAAUAAACAGAGUGCAUGACCAUGCGACUGGCAAGGACAGACUUGUAGGGGAUGUGGAUUUUGAAGGUGUGAGACAAAAGGCUAGCUUCAUUACCCCAGUGCCUGGAGGAGUAGGACCCAUGACAGUGGCCAUGCUUAUGAAGAACACCAUCAAGGCAGCUAAGAACCUCCUGCUGACGCCCGCUGAGAGGAUCCGCAUGGUAGCCUCUUCAUAACAGGCCAUGCCUGACCCCAUCAAGUGACACAUUCCAUCCCACCACCCCUUCCCUUUUCACUCUGAGCAACUCGGCGAACUCCCCUGCACACAGACACAGAUCGAUAUGUGAUAGCUUUAAGAUUCUCAACUUGCUGGUACCUUCCACUUUCAUAACCUCUGCCUGCCAUUUCAGACUAUUACAGCCAUGCAGCUACUACAUAUUUAUUAUUUGCUAGACUUCUUCUUUUUUUUCUCAUGUACUUUCUAUGAGACCUUUUUGGUUUUAGGUGAAUUUAAACUACCUAUUUAUUUAUUUCUCUGCAUUCAUUUGUCAAAUAUGUUGAAAGCAUUAAAAAGUGCAAGGGAGACUGGCAAGAAAUAAGACAGUUAUGUCUAGCUCCUAUCUCCACAAUACCCUUUAGAUCACACAAGCACUGUGAGUUAAGAGGAUUAAGGGCUAGAGUUAUGAAAUGUCUGAAAAAAACGAGUCUGUUAAACACCAUAAGCUUUAUAUUUACAGUGUUUCAAAAAUGCCUUUGGAAAUAUAAUUUGGAAAUAAAAUGUUAUUGCAAAUG